AAUAUGUUUGUAGUUGUGGAGGUAAAGUUCAUGAUAUUUGAAACUCAAAAUAAACAAGCGUGGUUUUAACAUCACUGGUGAUAUACUGGUGACACUGGUGUCAUCUAUACAUGAGGAUUAAUAAUUGAAUAGGUGUACUGCAAGGGCUGAUUUGUCAGUUGCUAUGGAAACAUCCACGGGUAACCUUUGCAAGCGAAGUUAGCAAACAUUAGCCAUCUAGGCUAUCCUACUUCAGCCAUUGUUCUAAAUGCUCCACUAGAAAAGCCUGUCCACAAACCAACGACUGGAAUUCAAUCUGACUUCCUAUCUUUUAAAACUAAUUUCACUGUAUUUAGCAAGUUCAUAUUGUCAACCUAACGUUAUACUAGUUUUCGAUAGUAAACUAAGGUUAACUGAACAUUAGUAGGCAGGUAGAGCGUGAGGUUGAUAGCAUUUUGUGUAACGUUAGCUAUCGAUACCAAAUUUGUUAAGUUUUAGUUACACAAGUUCAGAUAAGGUUUUACUUGGCACGGCUUAAUUUGCAAAGGCAUGUCUUCCUUUGAGAGCCUAAUGGCUUUACGAGAGCAGAACAAAAACCUACUGAAAAGACUACAAGAACAGACAGAAAAACUGAACAGCUUCUGUCCUCGUAAGACGCAGGGCGCAACGGUAGAUAGUACUGAUGAAGGGGCUCAGCGAAUGCUUCUAGCAGAGAGGAACGGAGAUGUUAUUACAAACGUGGUCAUUCGAAGUCAUCCCAUUCAUGCCCGAGUUGCGCUUAGUAAGUUACAGACGCAAGAACCAUCAACUUCCAAGGCAUCCAUCAUAGACUCGGAGUCAUCAGGAGACGCUUGCAAGACGUCUACACCUUUCCUAAAUGAUGGUCAACAACAGCAACAAACUGACCAAGCGGAGGAAGACCCUGUGUUUUCCAUACUUUUGAAGGACUAUGGGAAUUUUCGCCAGACCGGGUCAAGGGAGAAUACAACGCUAAAAUCCAUCCUCAGGCAGGAGAGCUUCAGGAGGGAUGCUGGUCGAGUGACCUUUCAGUCCCCGGGACAGGAGCUACCACUCACCCCGGACAGGCACAGAGUGCAGCCAUUACUGGGUUAUGACUGGAUCGCCGGGCUUUUGGAUGCUGACAGCUCCCUCACUGAACGAUCUGAGCAGUUCUUCAGUGAACUACGCAACUUCCGUCAAGUCAACAGAGAUGAGUGUGUUCACAGUCAACAUUCAGGCCCUUCAGGAGCAAAGGCCACAACCUCACCUCUUAAAAUAGAUGAAAGCGAGCUCCAGAGCACGGCAGACAGCCAUCAGUGCACCUUCUGCUAUCGAAUAAACAGCCGUCUGUUUGCCACCCCACUGGAUCCUCAGGUUGGCUGUCCGGUGUGCAAGAUGCCCAAAUCCAAGCACUCACACACAGUAUCAGAGCCAGCCUUCAUCAGGGUCAGUAUCCCUCGCUCCACCCUGUUGCCUGCCUACCGCUACAAAGCCCACAGGCGCUGCAGCUUUGAUCCGUCAGAAAGCCUGGGUCUGCCAUCACACUGUCUGUCAGGAUGGUCCAAUACAGCACCAAGCACAACCCCACAUAUGAGCAGUCUGGACUUGAGAAGCUCCAUGGCCUUUGCAGGAGACUCCUCAGCCAAUCCUGAUGGUUUGUUGGAUCAAUCUGUUUCGGGAGGCAGGAGAUCUGAUGACAUACUCAACGUGUCUCGCCUGGCUCGCUAUCGCUUUCAGCACUUGCCUCAGAACCGUACCAAACCUCACACAUCAUCCUACCCUGUGUAUUAAUCUCUCACCCUUGAUAACGCAUAAAAUACUAGCGUUGACUUGUUUGAUUUGAACGAUGAACGGGCACACUGCUCUAUUUGCCUGUUUAAACGGGUGAUGAGGAACCAUUGAAAACAUACAAGCAACACGCACAAACCAUAUUUUCUAUUCGCUCUAAUCGAUAUCAUGUUGGUUUUGCUUUCCUGUGUGUGACUGAAGGGUUGAAACAUUAUUGCAUUUUUUUUACUUGUCUGUAUAAAUUGACACUGUUAAUUAUAAUCCUAUUGUCUUAAUUAAAGCAGUUGUAGGAUUUUGUCCUUAUA